AUGACGCCCGGGCACCUGCGUGUGCAGCUGCACAGCCCCAGCAGCACCCACCUCGCCCUCCACACCAACGUGUCCUCCUUCUGGCCAGGGGACAAGGUUCCAGUGACAGUGAGGAGCACUCGGGAUUUUAUGGGCUUCUUGCUCCAAGCUCGCAGAGUGCCCACCGAUGAAAUCACUGGCACCUUCAUCUUCAUCCCUCCUGGCUCCAAGCUCCUCACUUGUUCUGAAGGAGGUGACACCGUCACCCACUCAGACAAGUCACUGAAGAGAAACCUCUCCUUUGUGUGGAAAGCACCAGCCCAACCCAUUGGAGACAUCAAGUUCUU